UCACAACUUCCAGUUUAAAAUUGUAAUAAUGGGAAACACUCGCUUCAUUCCGAUUCUUAUGGUGGCGGUUCUGUUGUUUAGUUUUAUGAUUUCAUUCUCUACUAAAGCAACAACCAAUAUCAACACUGACCAGUUGGCUCUUCUUGCACUAAAAGCCCGAGUCAAUAGUGAUCCUCAAAACCUCCUUACAACCAAUUGGUCAACUGUUAGUUCUGUUUGCAAUUGGAUUGGUGUCACUUGCGGUUCUAGGCACAGAAGGGUCACGGCUGUGAAUCUUAUUGGCAUGAAUCUCUCCGGUACCAUACCACCACACCUGGGAAAUCUGUCGUUUCUUGCUGUCUUGUCUUUGAGUGGUAACAACUUCAUGGGAGUUAUCCCAUCUUCUUUGUGUUCUUUGUUAAAACUAGAGCUCUUGAGCUUGUAUGAAAACAAUCUAUAUGGACAGAUUCCUGUGGCAAUCGGAAAUCUUUCUAGCCUGAGAUGGUUAUAUUUGAGUAAGAAUCAGUUUUCAGGCUUCAUACCUUCCUCGGUCUUCAACAUAUCUUCAUUGGUACAGAUUGAUCUCAGUUGCAACCAGCUAAUUGGUAAUAUACCACUACAAUUUGGCAACCUUCCAAAAUUGGAAGAAUUGUAUUUGUCAUUUAAUAGUAUCUCUGGAAUCAUCCCUCCUCGCAUUUUUAAUAGCUCAACUGUGAGAUUCAUUGUUCUACCAGCAAACCAGCUCUCAGGCUAUCUUCCAUCAAACACAGGUCUUUGGCUUCCGAAGCUUGAAAUCCUUGAACUUGCAAAAAAUGAAUUAAGUGGAUUGAUACCUGCCUCCAUUUCCAAUGCCUCUCGGCUUACUAUUCUUGACAUUGACGGCAACUCGUUUUCUGGAUAUAUUCCUAUUGACCUUGGCAAUUUAAGAGAUCUACAAAUUCUCGCGGUAGGUCAGAAUAAUUUGGCUAGCACUCCUUCGUCCUCAGAGUUGAGCUUUUUAUCUUCAUUGGCAAAUUGCAAACACUUGAGAGUAUUGGAGUUUGCCAUCAAUCCUAUGAUCAGUGGUAAACUUCCGGUUUCUAUAGGAAAUCUCUCUGUUGAACAAUUUCUAGCUUAUGGUUGCAACAUUAAAGGCAGUAUUCCAGGAGAAAUUGGCAAUGUAAGCAACUUGAUUUGGUUGGACCUAGAUAACAAUAAACUGGGUGGAUCUCUUCCCACCACAAUUGGAAGAUUAAAAAAUUUGCAACGUCUAUCUCUUCAAGGCAACAAUUUAGAAGGAUUCUUCCCAGCUGAGUUAUGCAAUUUAAAGAGUUUGAGUUACCUGUAUUUUACCGGUAACAAAUUGGUUGGACCAAUACCAGCAUGUUUAGGUGAUCUUGUUUCUCUUAGAUAUCUAUUUUUGGGCUCCAACAAGUUUGCCAACUCAAUACCCUCAACCUUGACAAGGCUUACAGAUAUCUUACAGCUAAACUUGUCUUCCAAUUGUUUAAGCGGGCCCCUCCCAGUUGACAUUGGAAAGUGGAAGGUUAUCACUAGCAUUGAUUUUUCCAAAAAUCAAUUAUCAGGUGAAAUAUCAAUGAGCAUUGGUGAUCUUACAGACUUGACCUAUCUCUCAUUAUCUGGUAACAGAUUGCAAGGACCUAUACCUGAGUCAUUUGGGGGUCUAAUAAGUUUACAAGUCCUGGAUUUGUCAAGGAACAAUUUCUCAGGAAUCAUCCCCAAGUCUUUAGAGAAGCUCUUGUAUCUUGAACAUUUUAAUGUCUCAUUCAAUAGAUUACAAGGAGAAAUUCCUAACAAAGGAUCCUUUACCAACUUCUCCAUUCAAUCUUUCAUGGGAAAUAAAGCGCUAUGUGCCGUACCUCAACUGCAACUCCCACUCCCACCAUGCAAGGCUAAUUCUUUUGGAAAGCAUUCGAGGAAAGCUAUUCAACUUGUUGAAUACAUUUUAUUUCCAAUUGGCUCAAUAAUAUUAGUACUUGCAGUGAUUCUCACUUUUUCACGAAGAGGAAAAAGGAAUGCAAAUCUGCCAACUGCUCAAGAAAAUUUCCCAGCAUUAGCAGAAUGGAGAAGAGUUUCAUACCAAGAGCUUCAACAGGCUACAUAUGGAUUUUCUGAAAGCAAAUUACUUGGUGUGGGGUGUUUUGGAUCAGUAUACCAAGGAAUUCUUUCAGAUGGGUUAAGCGUUGCAGUAAAGGUUUUCAAUUUGGAGUUAGAAGGAGCAUUUAAGAGCUUUGGCGUUGAGUGCGAGGUCCUCCGUAACAUUCGCCAUCGAAAUUUAGUCAAAAUCAUCAGUAGCUGUUCUAACGUUGAUUUUAAAGCCUUGGUUCUUGAGUUCAUGCCUGGUGGAAGUCUAGAGAAGUGUUUGUACUCUCAUAACCAUUUUUUGGAUAUCUUGCAGAGGUUGAACAUAAUGAUCGAUGUGGCAUCUGCAUUAGAAUACCUUCAUCAUGGUUAUACAACACCUGUGAUCCAUUGCGAUUUAAAACCCAACAACAUUCUUCUUGAUGAAGAUAUGGUUGCACAUUUGGGUGAUUUUGGCAUUGCAAAGCUAUUAGGUGAACACGAUUCAACAAUACACACCAUGACACUAGCAACGAUUGGGUAUAUGUCACCAGAAUACGGAUCAAAAGGAAUUGUUUCAACAAAAGGUGAUGUGUACAGCUUUGGUAUUCUUUUGAUGGAGACCUUCACAAGAAAGAAACCCACAGAUGAAAUUUUUGCUGGGGAAAUGAGCAUAAAAUAUUGGGUGAAACAGUCAUUACCAUCAGCAUUAAUGGAAGUUGUCGAUACCAAUUUGUUAAAUAAUAGAGAAAGACAAUACUCUGCCACAAGGGAUUGUGCUUUAUCUAUUUUGCAAUUAGCAUUGGAAUGUUCAGAAGAAGUUCCAGAAGAGAGGAUUGACAUGAAAGAAGUUGUUGCUAAGCUGAAGAAGAUUAAAAUCAAGUUUUUACAUGAGUCAAAUAGGCGGGCCUAAUGAGGAGAACUUUCAUG